GUUUACUUUGACCCAUUUUUCGAGGCCUCAAAGCAAGAAGGCCCCCUGUAAAGCUGUUCGAAGCUGAUACAGCAGGUGUAUCUGUAAAUUCGGCAACGUCUACUAUGCGUACGCUCCUGUUUAAACGUUAAAGCAUCGUUUAAAAUCCCCGUCGAAUGAAGUAGACUACUCUCGCAACGAACGGCUCGUUUACAGUAGACUGUGAACGUCGUUGGUCAGACAAACUCACCACGCGUCGGUAUUCGAGAAGAUUCUUUUAACUUUCGUCCAGAGUUUCGACGUUUGCAACACCGCAAAGCGCGCCUAUAGCGCGGCCGCAGCCGCGAUCGCCGCAGGAAGGUUACCAGCGUCGCGACGCUGGCUCGACAUCGUGGCGCCUGCCACGGGAACGGGACGACUAACGACCGAACGACAGAGAAAGAUGCACGAUCUAGUGCCGCGUAACGUUUGGAAGAGGGGCGUGGUGGGGCGGAAAGUGGAUGCAGAAAGAGAGAGAGAGAGAGGGGGGGGGGAAGAAGGGAAGGAAGCGCCUGCGGAGAAACGGGAAAAUCGUCGACGAGGAAAUUUCACGGUGGAAAAUCUCGUCCCGUCUUUGCGCGAGAAAAUGGAUCGGUAAACAUAAAACCGUGGGAGUACCGUCGAGACACGUGGAGCGUCGAAGCUACCAGCGAUUUAAUUUCGAACGGGGAGACGCGCGGAAUCGCCGGAACGGGUCGAUCUCGCGACGUUACGAGAGAAAACGAAAAGGAUUCGGUCCCUCGCGUGCACCGAGGAGAGUUGAAAGAGUCUCUGGGAAGGUCGCAUCGCGGGACAAAGGACGAGGGGUCUGAGAAAAAAAAAAACGACCCGCAUCGCUGGCCGAGAGGCACCGGAGAGAAUACGGAAAACGUUCGGGAAAGGGAACCGCGACAGACAGGGGUCGAAUGAUAAGAAAUAACCGUCGAAGGUAUCUCGAAAGAGUAAGAUAUCCUCGUAGGCGCGUAAAGACUGGAGAGAAAGUCGCGGUUGAAAAGGCAAUUCGGAAAUGUACGUACCUGCGGGGAACGUUACAGAAAACGAACGACGGUCCGUGGAGACGAGGGUGGAGAGAAAGAGACCGAGGGGGUUUGUUUCAAAGGGGAACGGAAAUCGAAGGGAGACAGAGAAACCCUAAGUGUAUCAAGACAGGGACGUUGAAGAGGGAGACAACUGGUUGUAUUACACGAGCGGCUACAAAGAAGACGGAGAAUGAGUCGGCGAGGGGUGGGUGGGGGGGAGAGGGGUAGAAAUCGAAGGGAACGAUAGAGGGGAAUACUCGAUCAAGCAAAGGAAAGAAAACUUGGGAAAGAGAAGGUUGGUCGUAAGGGUGUAUCCGGCAGCGUGUUGUACUUCCAUGGGACUAAAAAUAAAACGGGAUUCGAGGGUUCUAUCCAAAAAAAAAGAGAAAAAAAAUAGACGAACGUUUAACACUUUUACAUUCCCCUUAUUACAAAUUUCUAGGGGCACCGUUUCGAUCUUAGGCAAAUGGCACGCUACGAUCGAAUAAAAGAAAGAGUUAUGAAACUAUACAGUCUGGCAAAGUAAAGGAUAAACAAUAGCUUAUCUUUUACUCGCCCCACGUUACUGCGUCCCCGAGUGCAGCUUUCUUGAGGAAUCGCGAGCGGAGGGUUCGCGGCCGCGAAGGCAUCGAAGACGCAUAGAGGAGAGACACAGCCGAAGAAGAGGAUCGCGAGGAUCGCGAAAAAGAGGCGGAGUGUCGAAGAUUCGAUACGAGGAGGGAGGGCAGACAGAAGGAAAGAGGGAAUUCAGCGGGAAAGACGGUGGAAAACCGAGAAGGAGAGGCUUGAGGGAUGAAAGAGGGAGAGAGAGAAAGGUGAACAGGGAGUAACGUUGCGGACUAUCGACCCGAUCCGGUCGGGCGCCUGCGCUCUGGCAACCCCUUCUACCGACGAGGCGUCUUGCCGGCGACGCGGCGCUCUACGCAACGUCGUCGGUGGGAUCGGUGCGACGGUGGGACCAGUGCCUCUCACGAUUCCGUUCUCGCUCUGCCCUCCGUCUCGUCAUUCCGUUCGUAUACGCGUCCGAGUGUUACUUCCUAUCGCCGCCGUCGAUAUAUAGAUCUCUCUUUCAUACACGAGUCGCUGCACGUUCACCGGGGAGACGCAGGCACGGAGACAGAGAUAGGGGAGACAGUGUGUCGGUGCACAGAGUUUAAAACGCCGGGUACGUGUUCCCCGAAACUUCAUUUACGUGGUCGCCGCGUGCGUCGUAGAAGAGAGACAAGCUCUAAAAACGUUUUCUCCUCGGUGGCACACGCACACCCACGCACCGAUAACUACGCGCGAGAGAUCGCCUCUCCGGAUGCGGUGAAUUUCAGCCGGUGAACGCGCCGCCGGGCCACACACCGCUGGCUCCCACCGAUCCACGUACGAUUCCUUCGAUUUCGAAGAUCAAAGGCAAGAGAGAGAGUGAAAGUUCGCCGAUCUUCGAGGAAAAGGAAGAGGCUCGCGCCCGGCCAGGAAGCCAGCGGAAAAUCCUGACGACGGACAGGAUGGAGUGAGGGAGAGCAAGCCGGACGCCCGAAGAACGCUCGCGAAUACUACCUUGAAGGGAGGAGAGAGGAGCAGGUGAAGAAGGAAGGGGAGGAGGAGUUUGAAGGUGGUUAAUGGUGGAAGUGGCGGAUAAAAAGGAGCGGAAGUGAAGCAAGUGUAGCCGCGUCCACGACGCCGGGGAGCCACGUCCUCGGGAGGAGAUCAACCUGGCCUGACGACCGUGCCCGUCGUCCGAACGGCCCCGUCGCUACUACAGCGGCUGUGUGUCACUACUGUUCCACUGCCCCACACACCGCGGCCUCAUGAUUGGUUCAUUCUGGAACCUCUGUCGUGCGUGCCCUUCAAUGCCGAUUGACAAGCAGCUCCAUUCAGAGUAUAGGAGCACUUACACAUGGCACGAGUACACUGGGCCGCACCAAGAGCAUACCGUCGUCCGUCGAGCGCCGCAACCACCGCCGACGUCGACGACGCAAGCGAGCGCGAAGCUACAAUCGGCCAAGUCGACCGAGGAUGAGAACAACGAAGGACCCACUUUGGAACCGCCGUUGCCGAGACGAAAGAAAUGCCCGGAGCUCGCAUACAAGACGCACGAGUUCAUAACGGCGGCCGACGGAGGUGGCAUAGACACCGUCGACUCGAACGUUGUAGCUGACAAAGUUCGGGAAGUUACAGCGCAGUCGGGUUUGCCGCCAAGUCAGCUGAGCAAAGCGAUAUCCCGAAUCAGCACCGAGUACCGGCUGCAGUUCGCUUGGCCUAGACGACCGCAACUGACAAAUGGCGAGACUGUCCCGCCGGGAGUCACGGCCGCGGGAGCGCCUGCAGGAACGACAGGACCACCUAGGAAAUCUCUCAGCAUGGGGGCUCUUAAGCAGGGUAUCGCGCCUACAGGACCUGCCCCGGUUCACAAGAAACGCCCGGGCGAUGUCGAUCACAAACGCGAUGGUGUGCAGGCAUCGGAACUGGAGCCCCUGGUCGGAGGGACUGGAACGGACACCAUCGACGGAGCGGUGCCCGAGGGCGACGAGCGCGAGGAGGACCUGCCAGACUUGAAAAUAGCUUUCAGGGGUAAAAAGUCGGGUAGAACCGUAAGGAUAUUGGAUGAUAAAGGGCCGAGCAAACAGCAGGAGAAACCGUUUCCUACCUCAGAAGUGAUCGAGCUUAGGCGACUCGCUGACGAGUACAAGCAUCGCGACUGGGGUUGCGGUCUGGCAGCCGAGGACGAAGCUUCGCUGUGGAAACGAGUCUCCAGUAACCACGCUCUCAACGCGCUGUCCCUUGCCAGGUCAGUGACGAAGGAGGAGAAAGAGAAGGAGAACACGAGGAAAGUCGCACCGAUCGCUAUGACGAUGACCAUGCCUCCAGCGGGUCGACCGUCUUCGGUGCAGGCUAGACCUAUGCAUGGAUUACUGCAAGACGAUGCCAAAGCGGAUACUGAAAGAGCCAUCGCUCGCGCAAGAAAGGAUUUCUUGAUCCGCCAUCAUCUGGAUCGUACCACUGGUGUCGAUGAUGACGAUUUCUUCGCAACAGGCGACGGAGCACUGCUUCCCUCUCCUACGAGAGAGAAGCUGGAGCCUGUGAUACCGCGACGUCGAGAGGACACGAAGGAGCACAAGGAGGAGAUUCAACCAAAGACGAAGUCCAGCCCGAAGAACAGCCCUAGAACUGGCCGUUCUCAGAGCCUGGGACCUUGCGUCACCGAGCGUCGAUCACCGAAACGCCAACCCCCGCGUGCACCGUCCGUCACCAAAGACGCCAGGGAGAAAGAGAAGGAGCCAAAGGAUAAGGAGAAAGAGCUGAGAGAGAAGAGCGGUGAGCCUGAAAGGCAUCCACGACCGAUCACGGGCCCUGGCCGCGUGCGUUGGAGCAUACGGGAACCCUCGACGAUUUCCUCAACGGGUCCGUCGACCAGCGUGCCGCCAUUACCGCCACCACCCUCGGGCCCAGGGCCUACUCCGUUCCACAGGAGGCCCCCACAGGUCCAUCGGAAAUCCUUCCUCGCAACCACCGCUCCCCCCCAUCGCCCUCUUCAUCACGCCAAACCCUCAACCACCACCACAACCACCACCACCACAAGUACCACUGUAAAACCCCCGGUAAAGCAUUCAGUUCAUACGAGUGUCCAUCACCCACCUACGUCGAGCGCUGCCGCUGCGGCCAGGCCGGACCGUGUUAAAGAUAUAAGCCGGUGCCAAGGUCCAAACGAAGCUCAGCCAAAAACGGCCCGCGACGAUCCAGCUGCGGCUGCGGCCGCAGCCGCCGCCGCCGAUCCAUCCAAAUCAUCCUCCGAUAGUCGAUACGCGUCAAACCAAGCCGCUAACGCCGUCCAAUCUAUGACGGCGGAACCGCAAAUAAACGGGGACGCAACCGGCGGGGAUUCGAGCAUCGCCUCGACUCCUCCGUCGCAGACGCAGCCACCGGUGUCUGCCACCGCCGUAAGCCCGUGGAUCGACGACGAGCCGGUGGUGAAAAGUCCGCCGGAGCCGACAAGGGUAAAAUCUCCGGAGCAGAUGAUCAUGCGAUCGCCGGAACCGGUAAAUUGGACCGUGCCCCUGGACACCGGGAAAACGUUCACUGUCACACAAAACGUCAGAGAAGAACCCCUGACGCGUCCGCAUAGCGAGGCAAAGACAUGGGCACCGUCCUCCUUGCCUUCCGCGCCUCAGUCAGCACCGCCCGAGCUCGCGGCUCAGCACAAGUCGCAGCAUUCCCAACACUCCGGCUACAAGUCACCGGAGAGCGAGAGCGUUUCCAUCGGCAGCUUCACGGGAUUGAACGGACACAAGGACAUGGACUCGGAAAGGGACAGCCCGUUGCCCACCAGCGCUCAGGGUGUCGGCACACCCACGCAGGGUGAGAAGGAAUCAGGGGGAGCCGAGGAGGAGUCGAAAGACCAGCCUAGACCGGAAUCAUCGAUAAAGCCAGUAGCAGGAACGAAUUUGAGAUGUUUGGAGGAUCCAGGGUUCGAAUACGAGAGAAAGGAGGCCGGUCAGCCGACAACGACAGCGACGAUGACGACACCGUCGUCGUCGACGGCUCCUCAGCCGGGUUACCGUAUCCUGGAGGCCGAUUUGCCUCAAGGCGGCGGCGGCGGCGGCGGCGGAGGCGUGGGAGGCGUAGCAGGUAGCAGCGGGGGUAGUUAUCACGUGCUGGAGGCACCGACGGUUGUUCCCGGCACGGCGCAACGCUCAGCGGCGAGCGAAGCGUUGGAGAAGGCGCGAAAUCGCUUCGACAAAUUCUGGGGAAAGGGUAGCGGCUCGGAGAAUUAAAACGUUCACGCGAAGAAACAAACAUGCGACGUCCUCGAAACCGGAGGAGCAAGCGGAACAAUGAAGGGGGAUUAGAGAGAGGAGAACGGAAGAACGGGAGACAAACGAUACAAGAUUCCCCGUGGAGGACGAAAAUGACUCCUUUCGUGGUUCGUCUGCUCGUUCCUGAUAACGUUGUUUCAUCGGGAGCGAGAUCUCGCCUCUUUCCGUCUUACGCGUCACGUGUCGCGUGUCCCACGUCGAUGUUCGAAUCGCGGAGGCAGCUUCGGUACGUUCGACAUAGGUCCGAGUAUAUAACAAAGAGAAGGAUCGUCACCAAAGACUUCCAUUGGAAGUUACGAAGGGGAGAUUCUAGGCCUCUUCGACGAGCUUAGAUGCAGAAUGGAUGAUUGAAUGUCAUCGACGGGAAAAUAGGGGGACACUUGAUCGGUAAGACGACCGAGGAUGACGAAGACGGUGCGUGCAGCCAACGCGUCGGUCUCGUUGAAACUCGAGGAACGGUUCGGAGGAUGCGAUCCAACACACAGGACACGCGUGGACGCGAGGCUCUCGGCCAUCGGAGAGCCAGCUCCUUCGACCAACGGUUAUCUUGAGUCGAGACGAUGAGAUUUAGAAGGAAAUUACGAAACCGGACACGUACACGCGACACCCGCUAACUACACACACACACUUACAAACACAGAAAGACAGACACAGACGCCACACGAAUACAUACAAUAGGAAGACACGCACCUAGACGAACACACGCGAGUCAGUAAUGUUUCUAGGAUAUUCAAGUGAUCUCGAGGGAUCCGCCGUAGUUAAGCCCGAAUUCUUUUUCCAUUUAUAAAAAAAAAAAAAAAAAAAGAAAAAAAGAAAAUAAAGAUGAGAUACCGUGAACGAAUCGAAUCGCGAGGAAACAAGGUACGGCUUUGUCGCUAUAAAUAAAAGGGGAAGGAUAAAGUAGCCUUCAGCCGCUUCGUGCGUUUUAUAUAACGUCUAUAUACGGAAAACAAUUAUACACGUGUACACCGUAUGUACGUCUACAUUAUGGACGUCGCACUCGCGGAUUUCGCGAUCGCGGUACCGAGACGAUUUCGUGGAUCUGCGAGUUAGACGUGCCGCGAGAGAUACGUUGGGGGUGAACGGACGAAAAAUCGAGGACAGAUCUGCAAAAUUGUCGAGGGUACCGCGAGAAGAGACGAGUCUCUUUCGAACACGGAGCGUCUCUCUCUCUCUCUUUGUGCGCGUCCGAAAUUAAUAAUCCAUUCCAUUUUCGAUGAGAACCUCGACCGUUCCGAGAGAAACCCCGGGGAAAUGUCGCGAAGAAUUAUUCUUGCACAAUCGCAAACGGAGUUCCGAAACAUUCAGCCAUUCUCACCUCCUCCGGUUCCUAUUAAUUCCCGAGGAAACGAUCGCUUCUCGUUCACACGGUUCACGCGGAAAACUUUUCAUUACUAUCCCUUCGGUAUUUUGGAUCCUCUCCUCUCUCGGACACGGUCGAGCCGCGACUGGCGAGGAAUUCUCCCGGUAAAUCACCAGCAAGCAGAACGAAUUACUGUAGUGAAGCGUAGUGUUUGUUUUUCGCGCGCGACGCGACCUCUCGAGGCGAUUCCUCCCCUCGGAUCGAUCGCGAACCGUGCGUUUUCACAAGCGGAAACAGCGAAAUUAUCCGCGUCAAGACCUCCGACCAUAUUCGCUUAUAGAGACGGCGUCGGGUAAAUGCUUUGAAGCAAGGAUAAAAUCAUCUAUGUGACGUCGAUGUUCACUUAUGUUCGUAGAACCGUGUGUACAGGCCGUGUCUACGAAUAGAAAUGGUCAAAGGUCGAAGACCAACGACGGGGAACCGGUGCUAGUCGACGACGACGUCGAACACGCGACGCUUGAGGGGGAAUCGUUGCGGGAACCGAGAAGAGAAGGAAGGGUCGACGCUACCUUCCCGUUGCACGCUGCAUUUCGUCUUUGAUUUCUUAUGCGAGAACCUCGUUCGCGCGUUCCCCUCUCGAGCAAACAGAAACAAACGAAAGUAGAGGUUCGAACGAGGCUCGAGGAUCAUCCAGAACGGAGCAAGGAAGGUAAUGGCUUCCCUUCCUCGACCCUGUUGGUGCUGGGGGUUGAACGUACGCUGGUAAGCGGUCGCAGCACCGGAAGUACGAACGAGAGACGGUAACGAUAGAACGCAAGAAAAGUAGCGAGAGGAGAGAACGACGUACGCAAAGACGCAUCUUUUUCCUGAUCGACAUGACAGAGGCGAAAGACUUUGGACAUUAGGGGGGGGAGGGGGGGGGCGGUGUUCUCGCUUACGAGGACGACGAAAGGGAGGAAGGGAAAGAAGAGAACGAACGAAAUCGACCGACGGAGCUUUUCUCUCUCUCUCACGCGCAUUUUGGUACACACCGGUACACCACACUCCAUCCAGAUCCACGUCCAAGAGUCAACCAACCGUAGUGAAGCAGUUAUAACGAUAACGAUUAAUGAUAACGAUAACUCUAAUGAUAAAAGAAAAAUCCGCUAAGGGGAAUAAAAAUGAAGAAAAACGACAAAAAAAAAAGCUAAAAUACGAAAUACAGAAGCGAACGACUGACGAGGGACUCGAUGUAACUAAAACCGUAGAGAGAAUUCAGGAUGUCGACGACAGAUCGUGGCUAAUUUACGUUUUCUUUUACAGCUUGUCCGAGGUGCGGUCGAUCGGUGACGAUGACGACCACGUCGUUCCCCGAACACUUCGAUCGUUAGCAAAAUAUAAGAGAUCGCGACGAUGCGAAGACGAAGAGAGGAGACUCGAAGCUCGCCAUCGGCAUCGAUCGCGCCUACCUGCUGACAAUUCGAGACUGUUCGUACGAUCGGAGAGGACCGGCUGCAUCCCGAGCGUUGUUAAUUUCUUAAAUAUCUUCAUGCUCCUUUCCUCGAGUCUCCCUUCCCCAUUCCUCGAUUGCGUUCAGAAAACGUGAUGUUAGAUCUCUGCUUACACCGAUCUGUUUUGAUUCGCGCGGUUGCAUCGGAUGCGGGUCGCCGAAGGGAACGCGUAUACCGAUUCGCGGAUUGCCGUAGUUUCGAUUCGGUGUUAUAGUUUGUAUCGUUACGUUCCUCGACGCGGUGGCGGAUCGCCGUCGUUUCUCCAAACCGAAACCCUUGAAUGUUACACGAUCCUGUGUGCUCCGACGUGACGUGGGCCCAUGUCAGACACGAAGCGAUGUCGGAUUGGCGCCUGCGAGUUUCAUGAGCUACUUGCAGGCGCCAAUCUGACACCGCUUCGUGUCUGACGCGGGCUCACGUACUCGUUGAACGUUCUGUCUUUAUUCAAAUCGUUUCCAGUCUCGAGUUACGAUCCGCCUCCGCUUCGACGUUCAAUUCUGCGGCUCCUGCCUACACGACGAUCGAACCGUACUCGAGGGUAGAGAGCGCGGCCAUCUCGAGGUUGGAUAUACAAGUACGAGACACGUCUCGUCUCGAGUACGGAAUGAUUUUCAUAUUUAGCAAAAGCGUAUCGAAUAUCGAAGGCUGUUUUUAACGCGCUUACCACCGCCGCCUGGUGAACGCGAUCUAUUGUGAUAAGUGUUGAAUUAUAUUGCAUUCCGUGUAGCACCCGUACAACUCGAAGUACGAGUUGAUCGAAUCAUUAAGAAGCAACGAGCAAGACGAUUGUUGUUGCAGAUUUUCAUAGAUUAUUUCGAGUGAUCGACUCGGAACAGUGGCGGUGCACGCCUCGAUCGUUCGACGAUCGCUCAUCGACGAUUCCCACGAGUAGACGUCUGACGCACGGACUGUCGCUGUCGCGCUGUUAUUACGAUGAUUAUUAUGAUCGCGUCGUUGUGAUAAUUGUAAUACGUAUGUAUGUUUGAUUGUUGCCAAUCGGUUACGAGACCCUUGCGCGCCACUGAUUCGACGAAUUUCUUCUUUUGUCUGUUGUUGAACGAACGACAAAAGGGGCGAGAGAGAUUGAGAAAGAGGGAGAGAAUAUGCGACGAGGGAAAACUCGAAAAUAGCUUGGUGUAAGCAACGAAGCUCGAAGCGGAAUAACGCUUAGUAUGCGUCGAGGAAACACCUCGCAGAAGCUUGCACUGCCCGACCGAAUUUAGAAGCUGAUUUCUCUUGUGAUUUUCAGAACGUUGUACCGCGGUUAGGGCUACGACAAAAUUUCGACUCGGAGCAAAGCGACUCGCGAAUAAAUCGUCGUCGAGUUUCAAGAAUCAAUCGAGUGUAUCGCUCAUCGCCGCGGAUUCAAACACUGUUCCUGUUUUCCAAAAAGAACAAAAAAAAAAAGAAACAAUUAUUUGUUUACCUUUGUCACGUCGAUGGACUCGGAGGGCGAGUGAGCGUUGAGUUUCCACUUUAAUCCGGCGUUUCGGAGAUUUGGAUCACCCGCGAGAUCAGAGAGACCUUUCGCUAGGCGAAGCUCAAACAUGUUUUUAUAAUUACGCGCGUAAGUAUAGGAACGCGGGGAGGAAAGGCUUGGAAAUGAUCGAUCGAAACUGCCCGUAGAAAAGCCGUCGUUUACCAAACAUGGGACAAGACCACGAUAUUAUUUUCCUCUGGUCCGAUGCUACGGUCAAGGAUGCGCAAAAUUCUUAUCCGCGCUCUGUAUUCGAUAACUUAUAGCUAGACUGCGGAUCUUUAUGCGUUUAUAGGAAAUUUGAAUGCGCAAGAAACUACAAAUUGCAAACAAUAUGCAAGAAUGUAAAAAAAGAUUGAAAGUAAAGUUCGUGUUAUAAUAUAUGCAGAAUAAAGUAAAUUCCUAUUUAAGUUCAAUUCUUGUAGGCACGUUCGCAAAGAUUUUAUUUUGCAUAAAGAUCCGCAGUCUAUGAAUAACUCUAAUCUAAACAGAUAUAAUUAUUCGUCAUUUUGGUACAUUGAAGUACGAACGUUCCAAGUCUCAACCUGGUAGCCAUUGCAUCGCAAUGCAUCUAUACGAACUGUAACAUCCGUCGAGCUUAUUGCUAUUCUUUUACGAUUACUGUGAAUAUCGAGUACACUCGUAAUCUGUUGGAGUAAUAAUAAUAAACAAAUAAUACAACAAAGUUGUAAUGGAAAGCAGGUCGAGAACCUAGAAGGUUGGUAAUUUAACACGUUGACUGCCAGAGAAAUAUUCUUGAAAAUUUCUGCUAGGAUUCAAUAUUAUUCAUACUAUUAGAGAUUACAUAAUCAAACGUCCGACGUGGUAUCUAUUUUUGUGUGACUUCAUCAAAAUACACGAAUUUCAUUUAAAUUCAUUCUCUUUGAAGCUCAACUUUCGGAAUUAAUUUUUUUAAUUCUUCAGUGAAAAGCACUGUCACCCACGUACGGGUGACGCGGCGAUCAACGUGUUAACACGAUCACCACCGGUGGUGCACGCCGGCGUGAACGUGUCAGUGUACAUUAAACGAAACGACGAUUAAAUAUUUCCGCAUAGAGUCAUAAGCGAUCGAAUAUAAAGCCACGGAAUUAAUUUCUACGCCUAAUAUUUCCUAGAACGUCCUUCAUCCUCCAUCCACCGUCGCCUUUCUCGCGUUCCAAGCCUUUUUGAUUUCGUACACGUAGACUUCAUUGGAUUACGAUUCUGUCGAGGACAACUAAGAUCAUCGAUCAACGGGCCUUAAGAAGCGACAGAUCCGCGAACGUGCUGGCCACGUUCCGAAACGUGCGUUUUCUAUUCGAGAUACAGAGGGAACGCGAAGCACGAGGGAAACAUCCGGAUAAUACUCGGGAAUACCCUUCAGGGAAGACGGUCCGGCGACUGCGAUCGCAACGAUCGCCAGGAGUAAAUCAUUCGAUGAUUUUCCGGUACGCGAAAGGCCUGAAAUUCGAUCUUCGUCGAGAUUCGCGCGGAAUAUUCCGCGUUCCUUUUGUCGCGCGAAUUAAACGAGACUUCGGAGUGUUGCGCGCGGAGAACCGAGUAACGACAGAACUUCGGAUCCGAACGGACAACGGAGAAAACCGUAACCGCUUGUCUUUAUGAUUUCGCGCUCUAGAACCGGAAAACAAUCGACGGGAGAUCGUUUUCUUGAGUGAAAGAAACUAAGAAUAAAACGGGGGAAAAAAAAGAAGA